AUGGCGCUCACUUCUCUGCGCGUCCUGCUGGGUGGCUUCUUCGCGCUCACGGGGUUGGCCAAGCUCUCGGAUCAGAUCUCCGAGCCCCUGUUGGAGCAGAUGAAAGUCCUGUUCACGCAGUUUGCUGAGGUGUUCCCCUUGAAGGUAUUCGGCUACCAGCCAGAUCCUGUGAGCUACCAAGUGGCUGUGGGCUGGCUGGAACUGCUGGCUGGGUUGCUGCUGGCCCUGGGCCCAACGAUGCUGCAAGAGAUCAGUAACUUGCUUUUAACCCUGCUCAUGACUGGGGCUGUCUUCAAUUUGAUAUCUCUGAGAGAGUCACUGAUCACCUAUGUUCCAGCCGUCAUCUGCCUGGGUCUCCUGCUGCUGCUGGAUAUCUGCCAGAUCUUAGUCCCAACUAAGAAGUUGGUCAGACCCAGUAGGAAGACGACUUGAAGUGUGUUCAAGGAUUGGAGGGAGUAGAGUGUCUCUUGCCUCUGCUUGCCAUGCUGCCAUCACAGCAGGAACUCAGAACAAAGUCUCCUACUACCUUGUUACUGAUCUGUCCAAGCCUGAAUUUCGGGCAGUGUUGAAAUAGACAUCCUGUCUACCUGGCCCUGGUUUCUCUCUCAGACAUUUACUGUUCUGACAUACUAACAUUCCUCAUGUCAUGUAAAAAUAGGAAAGAAAUGGAAAAGAAAUUUAUAUCACCCCAAAUUUUAAUGUCCCCAAAGAACUUGUGAUUCCUUUGUGUAACUGUACCUCUCUACUUUUUCUAUGCCUUCAUACAGAUUUUUUUAAUGAAAAUGAAAUCAUUGAAUAUACUGUUUUAUUAGCUGCUUUUUAAUGCUAACAUUCCAUGUGUAUUUUACC